CUUGGUCGAUAGCCUGAACAUUUCCAAACGCACAGGCUGUCAAUCCGAAGCAUCACUUAUUCCGCACAGUUAUCGGCUUUUAGUGCCUGUUUAUGUGACAUUUGACUGUUUGGUGUUUUGUAACAGUGUCUAACUAUGGCCGGAGAAAUUUCUAUGAUUGGGUCGGUGAUCCUGGCUCUGUUCCUGGCCGGGUACCUGGGCCAGCAGUACCUGCCUCCACCCAAACCCAAGGUCAUCGGUCUGGAUCUGGGCACCACCUUCUGCUCCGUCGGCGUCUUCCAGCCGGGCACCGGGGAGGUGGAGGUGAUAGGAGACGAGGAGGGCAGGAAGAGCAUCCCAAGCGUGGUCUCCUUCACCGACACCGAGGUGCUGUCCGGACACCAGGCUCAGGACCUGGCCGACACCAACCCCCAAAAUACGGUGUACGAUGCCAAGAGGUUCAUCGGCAAGAUAUUUGAACGGGACGUCCUGGAGCAGGAGAGCUCCCGCUAUCCGUUUAAGGUGAUCAACAACAAUGGCAGUGCCGAGUUUGAAAUCUCCACCAACCACAGCUUCACGGUGAGCCCAGAGUUCAUCGGCUCCAGGCUGCUGCUGAAUAUGAAGAAGAUGGCCGAGCGGCAGCUGGGCGUGCCCAUCCAGAAAGCUGUCAUCUCCGUGCCCGCGGAGUUUGAUGAGAGACAGAGGAACUACACCAUCAGGGCUGCCAAUCUCGCCGGCCUGGAGAUCCUGCGUGUGAUCAAUGAGCCCACAGCUGCUGCCAUGGCGUACGGCCUUCACAAGGUGGAUGUGUUCAAUGUGCUGGUGGUCGACCUGGGCGGAGGGACUCUGGAUGUGUCCCUGCUCAACAAACAGGGAGGCAUGUUCCUCACCAGGGCCAUGGCAGGAAACAACAAGCUGGGAGGUCAGGACUUCAGCCAGCGGCUGCUGCAGUACGCUGUGGAGCGAGUCCGACAGGAGUUUGGCGUCCCGCCCACUCUCAAAGAAGACAUCCACCGUCUUCGGCAGAGUGUGGAGGCGGCCAAGCUCAACCUCACCCUGCACCCCAGCGUCAGCAUCCGUGUGCCCCUGCACCUUCACACUGCUGACAGCUCUGCUCCGCCCUCAGGGUCCAGCGUGCCCAAGCCUGUUGUCUUCCAAGCUGUGAUCACCCGAGAGCUGUUUGAGGAGCUCAAUGAGGACCUUUUCCAGAAGAUCCUGGCUCCCGUGAAGACAGUUUUGGCUGAAGGCCUCUUGGAGAAAGAGGAUGUGGAUGAGAUCGUUCUGGUCGGUGGCUCCACUAGAAUCCCACGGAUCAGGAGGCUGAUCAGUGAGUACUUCGGGAAGCAGCCCAACACUUCUGUAGACCCGGACCUGGCUGUGGUGACAGGCGUGGCCAUUCAGGCUGGCAUCAUGGGCGGCUCCUGGCCCCUACAAGUCAGCGCUAUAGAAAUCCCCAACAGGCACCUGCGCAAGACGAACUUCAACUGAUCUCCCUCCUUUUCUAGUCUCUGCUGCAAGGAAAAGGCAGCAGAGAUUCAACAGAUGCCACAGAAACUUGCCACAAAUCUCAAUGUGUUUUAACUGUUUCAGGCUUCUCUAUUUCACAUAAUUUGAUAUCUGCUGAUGUUAAUAAGAAAUGUGAGAUGGAAAGUUUUAAAGCAUUUUAGACACACAACAAAUCCCUGGGGACAUGAGUGAUACAAUUUUUCUAAUGGUCAUAUUAGCCAAAUCUCAUGUUUCCUGGUUUGAGAAAGCUAAUGGUAACUGGAAAAUACUAUUUCUGUUACUUCAGUUUCCAUUAGAAAACCCACUAACCUUUAUUUCAAGAAGUGACUUUGAUCAAGUUACUGAUUUCACGUCUCCAGCAGUGAAGUGUUGUGAGAUUUACAUUUCAUUGUGUACAUAUUUUCAGCAGAAAUAAUGAUCUCAAGGUACUAAUGAAACAUGAAGAGGGGAAGCCUCUUAGAGGCUAAAAUGCCGUCUCUGCCAUGUGUGUACCAUUCCAUUCAGCUUCAGAGAUGAUCGCUGCUUGUGGUUGAUACUGUAGGAUUUACACCAGUGUUCAAAUCAGGGAACAACCACCUCGUUUUUGUAAAGGACUGUGACUAGCCUGUACAUCCUUAGAUAUUUAUUUAUUUAUUCCCAUGGGCUGUGUGUGUAUGUUUGCCUGUGUUUGUGUACUGCAUGCCUUUAUUGUAUUUUUACCAUCGUUCCAUCAAUGUUGGACACACAAUGUGCUUGUGCCUUUUCCAAGCGCUGCUAUAUUGUGAAUGAAGAGCAGAAGGGUUAGAAGCCCGCGCUUCAAGGAGGAUGUAGCGCUUUGCCGUAAUGCUUUGCUCGGUGUCUCAGUCGUUACUCAGCACUAAGAUGAUUAGUGCUAAAUGGCAGGUUUGCACACUUAAUAGUGAAAAAAAACAAAACUGCAAUAUUGACUACUGCAAAUGUGGUUUAAAUAGCCUCAUGAAUUUCUUGUGGUGAGGUGCAGAAUCCCUGGGUAACAAGUGAAGAUGGUACAUGUCGGAGAAAGCCUUAAGUUAUAUUCGCACAGUACUGUAAAUCUUAAUUAUUAGCACCCACUUUGAAUGGAGAAAUAAGGGACAUUCUCAGUGUUGCACUUUGAGGACUUCCACUUGUGGGCCAACCUAACUUUUUUUGUGCAAUAAAUAACACAUGGUUUACUUUGAUGGCAAAAAUCAAACACGGUUACACUGGCUAAGACUUACGUGUUUGUACUACACAUCAGAGUACUCAACUGCUUCUGGUCGUGCCAUAAAGGGACCAAAGGAUUAGCAUACUGGUGCCUAGUGUGUGUUACUGUCAUGUCUGAGGUAUCUGGUGGGCCUGAAUCAUGUUUUGUGGCUGUAAGACAGUGCCUAGAAUUUGACAACGACUUGUUUUAUAAUGAUGUAAACUGUUUCCUGUUCUCUCAAUUUUGCCAGUAAGUAGACAGUAUACAUACCAUUAUACAUUCCAGAUUGGAAGCUGGAUUUGAGUUUUCCUCCAAAAUGAUGCAUAUUCACUUCAGAAAAGGUAGAAACUACCUGAACACCAUUAUUCAGUACUUCUGACAUAUUGAUGGCAAAGUGUGUAUGAGUGUCUUUUUUUUUCCCAGACAGAGGACUCAAGAUAUCGUCAUUCCUUUAAAAACAAAUGGCAGAACUUUAUUUUUUGCCAUCAGUCAUUUUGUGAUUUUUUUUUUUUCCAAAUUGUAUAUCUCAUUUUGUAACACAACUCUUCAUGUAAUAAGGCCUUCAGUUAAAAUGAAGCAAAUGUUAAGCUAUGCUCUAUGCUUUGGAUACUGUAGGCUAUUGAUCACUUAUUAGUCUCUAUAAUAAUAGGGACAAGAGCACUAUGAGACUAGGAUCUAUUUUUAUAUUGCAAGUUGUGAUCAAGUGUGUCUAGCCACUUGAAAAUGAAGUCAAACUGCUUAUGACCUGCUUUUCAGUCUAUUAAAAUUCCAUCCCUGAGCUUC